AUGGAUUUCCAAGCCAUCACUGGAAUCAUCGGAGGAAUAGGAAAAAUGCUCGAAAGCAAAAUCGACACCAUCAACGUCCCAGCAGAGAUGAUCAUGGGAAAAUGGUUCCAGAUGUACAAAGCGGCCAUGAAUUUUGAUGUUGUUCGCACCACCAUGUUCUGUCCAGUAGCUUAUUUUUCGCCAAAUCCGAUAAUGGGGGAAGAGGGAUUCUCGAUGCAAGAGGCUUACAGAGUGGUCUCCAAGACUGGUCCGAUUGAGACCUACAAGCGUGACAUGAACAAAGUGGGACCAGGACAAUAUUGGAUGUACACUGAGGAGUACUUCUACCCAAGACAAUUCUACGUUAUCGGAGCUGGACCAUCAUUCGACAACAGCAGCAGAAACUCCACAGAGCCAAUUCAAUAUAUUAUUGCUUCCGAUGCGAACCGUCUCUCCCUGAUGGUUUACGCUAGAGAUCCACUCGUCUUUUUCCAGAAGUACAACAAGGAGGUCGUCGAAUUCAUGAAUGGACAUGGAUUCGGAGGAAAUGUGUUCUGGAACAGCCCAAAGCCAAUUUACCAGGGACCAGAUUGCGAGUGGCCAUCGGAGAAGGAAGUCUUCGCUAGAAGAGUCCUCAAAAACCAAGAAAUGAACGAGCGCAACAAGAAUGGAACAUCGGACCCAAUCCUUUCCGGAAUGCCACUCGCCGAUAUGAUCCGCGACCCAAAGCGCACCUUGGAGAGACUGGUUGGAGCGAAAGCAUUGCAACAAGCGUCCGCUGGAAUCACCGCCGGUCCACCAGCCAGCCGUAGCGAAUGA